AAUUCAGUCCCUGCGACAACCUGGCGAGGUUUCAGGAGACUCUGAACGAGAGAGCCAAAGAUGGACUGCAGUUCCCACAAUGCUUUGCAGGAUUAUGAAAUAGUUUAUCUACAGUGUACCUUUAGCUGUAAUACUUAACACUUUCUGACGGACAAACGUGAUCUGAUAGAAAAUUGUGAGUCAGCUGUUGCAUGAGGAGAGGUGAAAGAUAAAGACAUUUUACGUACCAGAACACUCAGACGGUUAAUGUCCCAUAGUGCGCAGCAACCGGUUGUCAGCUAGAUUAAAUCACAAGCUCUGCUAUGACUCAGGGGAGUCUGACACUGAAAGAGUUAACGGUGGGAGGAUGCAGAAUGGCUUGAAGUCAGGACAGAGUGUGCAAAAGAGGAGAGCAUAGUGCAGCACUGAAGACCCGAUCCAGGAUUUUCCUCCAAACGAUGGUGGAUAUAUCAAACCAAGGUCACAGCUUGAAUCUUGUCUGCAUCCUCCUUCUUUACUGCAGUAUGUCAUAUUUCUAUAUCUAAGUGCCUCAGGAGCUCACGUGUUGAUGGCUGCAAGACUGCAUUAAAUUUGGGAAGAGUGAAUUUUGUUUGGAGCUUUUGCUAUAAGAGUAUUUUUAAAGUACAUUAAAAAAAGGGGGAAGGGGGGGACACACACUGGGACUCGGUGUGAUCCUGAGUGUGAGCUGUGAACUGAAGCAGUACAAUGAGUCGAAGCAGCAUUCAGACUCUGACAAUCAGUGGACAAGAUGUGGUCAAGAACGGCAGCCAGAACUCAUCGGAAGAUGCUAAGGCACUUUUGAAGCCAUCCACACCCUCAAAAAAAACUCCCAAGCCAGAGAACUCUAUCACCAUCGCUGUGUCGUCCAGAGUCCUCUUCAACAUGGAUAAGGAGCAGCAGAUCUUCGAGCAGCAGGGCAUGGAGGAGUACAUCAAGUAUCAGGUGGCGCAUGAAACCGAGCCUUUCAGCCCCGGACCGGCCUUCUCCUUUGUCAAGGCCCUGGAGGCAGUCAACACUCAGCUGAGGGACCUUUAUCCUGAGAGUGAGGAGCUCUUUGACGUUGUUCUCAUCACCAACAACCACGCUUAUGUCGGCCUGAGACUCAUCAAUACCAUCAAUCAUCACCAGUUGUUCAUUGAGCGAUUCUGUAUGACUGGAGGAAACAGUCCCAUCGGUUAUUUAAAGGCCUACAACACCAACCUCUACUUGUCUUCUGACCCAGUCAAAGUUCACGAAGCUCUGGAACAAGGUAUAGCAGCAGCCACCAUGUUUACCCCGGAGAAGAUGACAGAAGUGUCAGAGACUCAGCUCCGCGUUGCUUUUGAUGGAGAUGCCGUGCUCUUCUCAGAUGAAUCGGAGCAGAUUUAUAAGGCUCACGGACUGGACAAGUUCUUUGAGCAUGAGAAGGCUCACGAGAACAAGCCUUUGGACCAUGGACCAUUGAAAGGCUUCCUGGAAGUUUUAGGAAAGCUCCAGAAGAGGUUUUAUGCCAAAGGCCAGCGCAUGGACUGCCCCAUUAGGACCUACCUGGUGACGGCUCGCAGUGCAGCCAGUUCCGGCGCCAGAGCCCUAAAAACUCUGCGGUCUUGGGGUCUAGAGAUCGACGAGGCCCUUUUUCUCGCAGGGGCACCUAAGGGUCCCAUCUUAGAGAAGAUAAGGCCGCACAUCUUCUUUGACGACCAGAUGUUUCACGUGGAAGGAGCAGCUGAAAUGGGAACAGUGGCAUGCCAUGUGCCCUAUGGGAUCGCUCAAAGGGUUCCAGAGAGAAAAGGACUAAAAGACAAAGAGAUUUCUUCAAUUAAGUAACAGAAAUGUAGCAUUUCAGAGGCUCAGGAGUCCACGAAGAAUUCAUUUCCUGCUGCAUGAUAAGUGUAAUAACUGUUUAAGAGUGAAAGAUUUUUAAUUUUUAAAUCUAACUGAUGCACUUUUUGAUAUGUAUCAUUAAAUCAACCAAAAAAUACUUAUAGUAAUAACCUUACCAGCACCUUAGAGUAGAUAAAUAGUUGAUAAAUGUUUAUUAUUAUAUGUUUUAGCUGUAUGUCCUAAAGCAACAUUAACCCAUUUGACAGAGAAAUGUUUGCAUAUUAAUAAUAAUUCACCAACAUUAAUUUGUGAUCAUUUUGUGUUAAAGAAAUUAAACAGAUUUUAAUACGCUUUUUGAAAUUAAUUAAAAAUUUAAAAUGAGGAAGCUAUAGGAUUAUUUCAUUACUGGAUCAAAACUGACCUGGAAAUGAUCAUUUCCAGGUUAACAAAUACAAGUAUUUAUUAACAGCCUCAGUGACCACAAUAAAUGUUUUAUACGGUUAUUUUCAAUUGGAAAUGUGCCUGAUAUACAAAAAGUAUGUAUUUUUCUGGAUUUUUAUAUUUUUACCCCCAUCAAGAGAUAGAAAUGUAAUAAAAAAGAAAUAAAUAUAGACAUAGUAAAACUGAAAGAUCCAUCAAUACCAGUAUUUAUCGAGAAAUAAGAAAAAGAAAAUUAUGACUAUUUUUGUAAGUUCCAGUUUUAUGCAAAUUAGGAGAUUUGUGCAAUUCUACUUCAUAAAGUGUGCCUUUUAUCCCAGUUCUUUCCUUUAGGUGAUACUGCUUCUUUUUGUGCUUUGUUUGUUUUUUGUGCAUUAUACUUGUUGCAAAAAUAAUUAAUGUUCAUGUUUGUUUCAAAACAUGAAAUCAUGUGCAAAUAUCACUUUUGAAUUUGUUUGCCCUUGAUCAAUAGAUUAUGUAGGCCACAGCAGCUUCAGCAUUUGUUAAAAUCACUGCUACAUUCUUCAUGUUUGCUGCUUGUUUCUGAAUGUUAACCAUGUCCAAUGCUAAAGCCUGCCUUAUGUGAUGUUUAAAAUGUUAUGGCAACACAGACUUGUGGUGAAGGUAAUGUUUGCUGUUAAAUGUGGAAUUUGUGUCAGUUUCUGUAAAGGAGUGUGCAAUAUCAUCGCUUUUAAAACCAAAUGAGUUCAUUAAACAAAUCAUUGUA